GGACAACAUGGUCAGCGUCCCCAUGACGAACUACUGAUAUUAUUUGAAUGAAGGUCACGUUCACGAGUAUCGAAGUUGUCAGUCGCACUCAGCGCAAAAUUCUUGAGGAUAAAGUUUAUACUUAUAGACUCCACUUCCGCAUGUGAUGUAGAUCGUUAUUAUUUUAUUUGUGGCAGCUUUCUUUCACCUGCUCUUGGAGUUUCAAAUGCGGUCUCAGUUUCGGCAGAGAUCUAUGCCGCCAUCCCAUGCAGAAGCAGGAAAUGCUUUCCGUGCGAGUGCGACAGCGUUAGUCGGUCCUCAGGAGGGAGCGAAGAAGUCGCUUGCCAUCAUUGGUCUGGGUGCCAGCGGAUUGAUCGCGCUCCGGUCUGCGCUGUGGAGUGGUAAGUACUGGAAGAUCCAUGCGUUCGAGAAGCAAGGGAAAUCAGGUGGGUUGUGGGUGUAUGAGAAAUCGCGGAAUCAGACGCCUAUCUAUCGAGACCUCCGAACGAACCUCCCCAUGACUGUGAUGGAUAUUCCAGGAUUUCCUUUUGAUGUUCGAGCGGUUGACCAAAACGAUACAGAAGAUUCCUUAACAAGAACAAGUGAGGCGGCCAUCGCGACUUCUUUCCCUCACCAUUCCGUGGUCUUGAACUACCUGCAACGGUUCGCGGCGCACGUCGAGGAACAGCUACGCGCCGCAACGCACACCUCCUGUGUCGGGCGUGCGGGUGCAGCUGGGAGUGACUUUCGCCUGCACUAUAGCACAAAAGUAAAUUGGGUGGAACCCGUACUAGCUCAUAAGCUGCGGAGGUCAGAGUUUGGGCCUGAUGACACAUCAGGUACUACGCAAUGCGAGGAAGCGUUCUGCUCGGAGAGUCCACACAGAAGAGAAGCGGAGUCGCAGAGCGGGUUGUACCGCGUCUGCUACUCGCAAACGGAUGGAGGAGCAGCAGAUGAAGGAGUCGACGGCGACCGAUCGAGGAAGCAGAAAAAUGACCAUACGGAAGAUCAUGAUGAGAAGGGACAGAAAGACGCCGUGUUUGAUGAAGUUCUGGUCUGCAAUGGUCACUUCGCAAUUCCAUAUGUACCUCCGGAAUUUCGAGAGAUCUACAAAUCAUUUUCUCUGAAAAGCCUGCACGUAAAUGAGCGGGACGUCGCACCGACUUGUUCCCUGAAUAAUUUUCGAGUGCUGCACAGCCACGAAUACGACGAAGCGGCAGCUUUCGCAGGAGCGACUCUAGUCGUGGUUGGUGCCGGCCCGUCGGGUCGCGACGUCGUCGAGCUCGCGCGCCCCUAUGCACGGAAAAUUCUCUGGGUAAACUCGAAAUUUGUAAUCGGCGAGGCAUCUUCUCUUGGCACUUCCGCUGCGCCGGGGUCAGGCAACAAUACACACACACGGGUGCUUCCCGGGGCCACUUUUCUAGACGGGUACGCGAAACACGAAGGGAAAAGUGUGGUGCAACCGACUGCCAAUAUUGAUAAAGACUCUCAUAUGGAACCAGAAGCGAAGCGGUGUCGGAUUGAACAUGAAACUGUAGCCGGAGAUCGAACUACACUGCGAAGUAGAACCCGAAAUCUAUUCACAAAGAAGUCCAAUAAAAACCAAGCACAGUCGCAUGGCGUCAAGAACAUUACGACUACUACAGAUAAGCGGGCAGAGCAAGACCGAGGUUUGUGCCCUGUCCAGCGAUUCGCGCGCGUCCAAAUCACCGCCGAGGAGGGAGCGCAGGCGAACGCGACGAUGUGCGCCGAUCCAAAAAAUGGAAGUCCCAACGACCAUCUCGAUGCCAGAACAUAUGAAGUGUCGCUGUCGCUAUUCGGGGGCAUUGACGGACAAGAACAGUGGGGACCAAUAGCGAUCAGCAUUGGUGCCGGUGCAGCAAGAAUGCCUUUUGGUGGAAAAAGAAGACAACCGGAAGUAAGUAACGCUCCGUCCUCGCCGGUGGUGCUUUUGCUCGCGACUGGAUAUUCCUACGAACUCUAUUCGAGUUUUUUGCACCCCUCCCUUUUGCCGAAGUUCUCUCCCGGCAAGAGUACCCGCAGUGUACCGACGGAAAACCUUUCACAUGCCAUGUUCCUUCGUCACAGUUUCGCUUUUAUCGGUCUACCCCAAGGCAGUGCCCCUUUUCCGGUGGCGUACUACCAGGCCCUCGCCUUCAUUUACAAGAUGAAGUCCCGCAGUCUCUCAGCAGCAGAUAUUGGCACGACCCCGGCGGUGCCAGCACGCUUCGGCUACGACAAACUGGGGGAGCAAAUGUUCCCGUACAUGCGCGCCCUCCUACAAGAAGCCAUAGGUGGUGGCGCUCUGGCACAGGAGGAAACUGCAGCUCUGGCCCGAGACGAGCAGCAGCAAGGCGACGAAAUUCCGCACGAUAGAUGUGAAAAGCUAAACGCUUUUGUAGAUAAUUGGGGAACUACAGGGACGUUGAACAGAGCUGCACCGUCACCGAACGCUUGCAUGACCUCCCUUGUAGCUCAGCUGUUGUUUUGUGGUUCACCAGCAUCAACAACCGCCGCAAAGUCCUUUGUCUCAUCAGCGUCUUCUCGCAAACUGGAAGCCGGCGAUUUUCCUCCUCACGAGAGCGAGAUCGGAAGAACAGAACAAAAGAACCGUGCCGCCCCUCUAUCUUUCACCGUCUCUGCAACGUCCACGUCCGCACAGACGGAGAAAUUUACCCUUUUGGCGGAGCGCGACAUCGCGGUGCGGGAAGAUAUGUAUCGAUUGCUGUCCCACUUGCGAAGUAGUCCGGAGUACAGGAACGUGAAGUUUGAAAGAUUUCGUGGCGGAACGUGGAUUGUGUCACGACCAGAAAGCGCCAAAAGUUCAGAACAGAGUAUGUAGUACCCCUUGCGGAGUGCUGUCCGAGUGUAGAAUUUGGAUCAUCGCUGUGGCUGUGGCUGUUUCGCUCCAACAGUAUAACUAAGAGCAACCAAUGACUUUGACUGUUUGUUUCGUAGAAAUUACUUAAAAGGAUCGAGGUCGCAUUGAAAAUUGAAAACUAGGUUGAACCUAGUUGGUACAUACACUCCAACUCAUUGAGGAAGUUGCAUGCACAGAUCAGCAUACCAUGACCCAUGAGAAUCGGUACGUCUUCACACUGCUUGCACGAAGGAAAAUUAUAAGAAAGCUGUAACAUCAGUAACAUGUGGAUGUGGCAGUAUAAAUCGCUUCUGACUCGGAG